CAUCAACAACGAUGAAAUCUAUAGCAAGUCGCAACUGAUCCCUCCACACCUUCGAGGUACUUUGGCUUCAUUACAUUGGAAUACGAUGGCCAAGAAACCUUCUAAGCAAUCACAACAGCCGCCCAAGGAAGCACCCUCCAAUGAUGCCAAGCAGAAGGGUAAAAAGAAUGAAAAGGCCAAUAGUAAUAAUAACAAGUCAAGUUCAUCAAAUGGUACCGCAUCUACCCCAGCCUCAACGGCUAGACCAUCGAGUGGUAAAACCCCUAUAAAUCUACUCCAUGAGCAUGCACAGCGAUCUAAAUGGGAAAAAGUUCAAUAUGAUAUGUUUAAAGUCAAAGAUGGAUUUGUUGCCUCUGCUAUAUUACAAUGGAAAGAUCCAAAAACUAAUGAAUUUAUCGAUGUGAAGAUUACUCAUAAACUACCUUCAAAAGAAACACCAAUUGAGGCAAGAUAUUUCGCUGCAACGGUUGCUCUGCAUCGUGUCUGUUUUAAUAAAAAUCUUCAUAUGGUUCUACCCAGAGAAUUCAAAGAUGUUUGGAAUGAAUUAGAAGAUCAAAGAAAGGCUAUUUGGAAAGAAAAUAGUGAAAAGCAUAAUAAGUUAUAUAACAAUGAACCUUUUAAAGUUGUUUUGGAGGAAAGAAAACUACAAGCGAAAAAAUCAAAAGAAGCACAAGUCAAAUUGAAUAAUGAAGCUAAAGUUAAGAAAACUCCAGUUGUGUUAACUUCAAUCAAGAGUUCAGUACCAUCUACAGCAAAACUACCAAAAUUUAAAGCAACUGCUGAAUCCAAAGUCACAAAACCUCAAACUUCAAAAAAAUCCACAUCAGCAGUGAGUUUUCCUAGAAAAGUUUGGGAAACUGCAUUAUCCUUCACGUUCACUGUGGAGCAAAGAGAUUUAAUUCAAAAAUCAAUCAAGUCUCACAUUAAUUGGCAAAAGACAACAAAGAACGAAUCUGAAAUGAAAUCAUUAUUAUUAUCCAUUGGGUUUAGACCUUCACAUGUCGAUGAAUCCUUACAAUAUCAAGAUCCUUUAUCAUUCUUAUUAUUCAAUGUCCCUGAAGAUGAUCUACCGUUUUUCUUCCAAGAUUCAACUUCAUCUGAUUCCAUAACAGUUGCUGAGAAAAAUGAAGGUUUAGUAAGGAAGAUUAUGAACUUUGGUGUGGGGAGAUCUGAAGCUAUCAUGGCAUUGAAUGGGAAUGGACAAGAUUUACAAAAGACAAUCAUUUCAUUGACUCAAAAGCUUGUUAAUUAUAGAGGGAAUCAAGAUUUCAUAGAUCCUAUUGAGUCUCAAGAUCUUUGGAAUGAGGAAAUUGGAAGUUUAUCUUCAAUUUAUGAACCAAGUAAAAUUAUUGUUUUGGAUGAAUCAUCUGUUCAAAUAAAUUUUAAUUCAUUCUUAUGUCUGAGGGUUUAUAAAUCACCUUGUUACCCAAAUGACUUGGCUGGGUUGAUGAUUUCUACAAUUGAUGAAAACCAUAAAUUACCAAACUAUGUGAAAUUGAAUCUUGUGAAAGGUAUGGCUCAUUAUGCUAUUGAUAAUGCUUUGGGUAUCAGUUAUAUCUAUUCUUUAGUUGACUGGUUACAAGAAAAUAGUGAAAGAAUCAUUGAAUCCCCUGGCUUGUUAUUAGAAAGCUCAGAUAUUGCACAAUCCACUAAAGAUUUGAACAUAGAUUCCCAAAACUCAUCAACACAACGUCGGUUUUUCAAAUCUAAUCCUGAUAUCAAUUUCAUCAAGAAUGAUUAUGAAAAAAGAACAAAAACUGUUGAAUUGAAAAAUAGUAUAAAGGCAAGAACAAAAUUACCUGCUUGGAAUGAACAAGAGAAUUUGUUGAAAAUUAUCAACUCGAACAAAGUUAGUUUAAUCACAGGUGAAACAGGUUCAGGUAAAUCUACUCAACUUGUUCAAUUUCUUUUAGAUGAUUUAUAUUCAAAGGGGAAUUAUCAUACUCAGAUUUUCUGUACACAACCAAGAAGAAUCUCAGCCAUAGGGUUAGCUGAAAGAGUUGCAGAGGAAAGAGCUAGUGUAUGUGGUGAAGAAGUUGGUUAUAUUAUUAGAGGUGCUAACAAGUCUAAUAAGAAUACUAGAAUCAAGUUUUUAACAACAGGUAUUUUGGUUAAAUUUUUACAAAACGGUGAUGAUUUUUUGAAUAAUGCUAUUUUAGUCAUUGAUGAAGUUCAUGAAAGAUCAAUGGAAACUGAUUUGAUCAUUAUCUUAUUGAAAAAAUUACUCAACAAGUAUAAAGAUUUGAAAAUUGUCAUGAUGAGUGCUACCGUUGAUUUAAGUGUUUUCCAGAAUUUCUUCAAAGGUUUAUCCUCAGCUCAUAUAAAAGGUAGAACUUUCCCUAUUGAGGACUUUUACCUUGAUGAUGUUUUACAAAAAACUGAUUUCCAAAUUGAAAUGAAUGAUGAGUGGAUUUCACCUAGAGCUGAUUCCAAAUUUUUCCAAACUGGUAAUGUUAAUUAUGAUUUAAUAACUUCUUUAGUGUCAGAAAUCCAUCAAGAUUUAAUUGAUGAAUCAAAUGAUGGUUCAAUUUUGAUUUUUUUACCAGGUGUUGCUGAAAUUAACAAAUGUGUCAAAUUAUUGAAUCAAAAUUUCAAUCCACCUUCAGUUAUUUUACCACUUCAUUCAGCCCUAAGUCCACAAGAGCAACACAGAGUUUUUGAAACUUUCCCUGGGAAAAGAAAGAUUGUUGUAUCCACAAAUAUUGCUGAAACUUCCAUUACUAUCAAUGAUUGUGUUGUCACUAUUGAUUCUGGUCGUGUGAAAUCAAUGUCUUAUAAUUCAAUUGAUAAUACAACUCGUUUGGUGGAGAUCUUUGAAUCUAAAGCUGAAGCAAAGCAAAGAAGAGGUCGUGCUGGUAGAGUUUCAAAUGGUAAAUCUUACAAGUUAUUCACUAAGGAAACGUAUGAUUCAAUGAUGGAUAGUCCAAUUCCGGAAAUUAAAAGAAUCAAUUUAGAAUCAUUAUAUUUGGUUGUGAAAUCUAUGGGGAUCAAGGAUGUUAUCGCAUUUUUAAAUACUGGUAUGGAUCCACCCCCAUUGAAUUCAUUAAUAAAAUCUGAAGAAUUGUUGAAAUGUGCUGGUCUUGUUAAUGAAUAUGAUGAUUUAACUGAAUUGGGAAAAUUUAUUAGUUUAUUGCCAAUUAUCGAUCCAAAGCAUGGUAAGCUUUUGAUUUUUUCAAUUAUUUUCGGAUGUACAGAUAUUGGUAUCUUGACAGCUUCUGUCCUAAGUGUUGGCACACCGUUUAUCAAAAGUGCUGAUUUGAGAGAUGAAAUUAAACAAACAUUAUCAAAAACAAAAGAUUUGGGUGAUUUAUUAUCUAAUGUGAUCAUUGUGGAUCAAUAUUUAAAAUUACAUUCACCAAGUGAAAAGAAACAAUUUAUGAAUAAGAAUUAUUUGUCAUUUAACAAAAUUAAUGAAAUCAAAUCUGCUAAAACUCAAUAUUUAUCAAUCUUGGAAGACAUUGGAUUUUUACCUUUGAAGUAUAAAGAAGGCCAAUCUCAUUUGAAUAGAAAUAGCUCAAACUAUAAUGUGAUUAAAGCUAUCAUCUGUGGUUCAUUUUAUCCUCAGGUUGCUAGAGUACAAUUACCUGAUCCAAAAUAUUUAAAUACCUCAUCAGGUGCAGUUCAAGUUGAUCCUGAAGCUAAAGCCACUAAAUAUUGGAUUAGAAAUGAAGAGUACAUUUCAGCUCUCAAUAGAUCAGGGGUUGUUGAAGAUGAAAAACUACCUGCAACAAGAGCUUUCAUUCAUCCUUCAUCUGUUAUGUUUGACACAAAUUCGAACUCAUCUACACCUCAGAGUGGAAUCCCGCAAGAUUUGAAAAGUGAUAGAGAAGAUGGUUUAAUAGAGUUUGAAAAAAUACAGCAAAUGAGACCAAAAGAUUUCACUCCAACAUUAAGAAAUGCUAAAAGUAAAGCUUUGAAAUCAAGUUUCAUUGUUUACAAUUCUUCAACAGUUACCUCCAAACUGUUUUUGAGAGAUAUAACACCAACAAGUACACUUUCUGCAUUACUGUUUGGUGGCCCUCUUUCAUAUGAUUUGAGCUCUAUAUCAUCAGGUAGACAAUCCCCGGGUAUUGUUCUUGAUAAUUGGUUACCUAUAAAGACAUGGAGUAAGAAUGCUGUGUUGAUUAAAGAGCUUCGGUUAUUGUUGGAUCAAGUUAUCAAGUUGAAGCUUGAAGAUCCAUCGUAUUCUUCAAAUAAGGAGAACAAAAAAGCUCUUGAAUUAACCAGCAGGCUCAAGCUCUUUGAAUCUACAAUUGGUGAUCGUUGAUCUACGUCUGUCAUUCUGAAACGGUCGAUCUCAUCGCAGAAGAUUACAUAACUUGGAUCCAAAACUCCGAGCUUCAAGGAUUCAAGGUUCAAGUCAGCCAUUUGUAACAACCGCUACAGUUUAGAAGUCCCUACAAUUUACCCCAAGAACUUGUCAGCUAUAAACUAUCCACUAGUCAUGUAUUAUAAUGCUAUGACCUACUAAUUCUCAGAAUGUUUUUGUUAGUUAAAGCUUCCAAAGCUUCCCCAUGGUAUGGAUAGGCCUUUUAGCCUGUUUAAUGAUUUACCCACAAUUCAGAAAUAUGCUGAAAUUCUUAAAACCUCGAAAACCCAC